AUGGAACUGGCUUCGGGGAAAGCGGCUGGCGUGCAGUGCCCGGAGUGCGGCAAGGGCUUCCCCAAGCAGAAGAACCUCAAGGCGCACAUGCCCAGAGUUUACCAUAAAUGUGACUUCUGUGAGAAGACGUUCAUGUCGAAAUCGUCUCGGAACAAGCACAUGCUGUCCCACGGCAACGCGCCGUUCACGUGCCUCCAGUGCGGGAAGCCCUUUCUGGAGGAGAAGAGCUUCCACCUCCACUUGCGGAGGCACGCUCCGGCUCCUCCGGAGGAAACCAACGUCCAGUGUCUGGAGUGCGGCAAUUACUACCUCAACCAGAAGCGCCUGAAGAUCCACAUGGCCAAGCACGGGCCCAGAGCUUCCUACAAGUGUGAUGUCUCCGCGUGGAAGCGCCACGAGCAGAAGCACACGGGGGAGAGGACCCACGUGUGCCACGUGUGCGGGAAGGGCUACCUCUUCAAGCACGGCCUCGGCGUCCACAUGACCACCCACACGGGCGAGAAGCCGUACUCCUGCUCGCGCUGCGGGAAAGGCUUCCGCAAGCGCGUCCAGUGCAACAGCCACAUUCGCCGAGAAUGCGGACCUGCGACGGAGGCCGGGGAGCGGCCGCCGCUCGUCCUGCGGGAGCCGCCCCCUCGGCCGCCCCCCCGGCCGCAGCCCGAGGCGACGACUUCAUCUACCAUCAUCCCUCCGUCCAGGUGGUGA